CUCCAGCCCCAAGAUGUCCAAGCAAGGACGUGGUGAUUCGUCCGGUGCGAAACUCCAUAUUUCCCUCGGUCUCCUCAUGGGAGCUGUGAUUAACUGUGCAGAUAACACAGGUGCCAAGAACCUGUACCUCAUCUCAGUGAAAGGGGUUAAGGGGCACCUGAAUAGGCUGCCAGCUGCUGGUGUAGGCGACAUGAUCAUGGCUCCUGUCAAGAAGGGCAAGCCUGAGCUCAGGACGAAGGUGCACCCGGCAGUGUUAAUUUGGCAACGGAAAUCGUAUCGGAGAAAGGAUGGGGACAACGCAGGAGUGAUAGUACAUAACAAAGGGGAAAUGAAAGGCUCAGCAAUCACAGGCCCCGUGGCUAAGCAAUGCACAGAUCUGUGGCCCAGGAUAGCCUCCAAUGCUGGCAGCAUCGCAUAAACCUGCUCCAUCCUCGUUGUAAAGAUAAAAUACAAGUGGUUGCACCAAAAAAACCAAACAAACGAACAAACAAAAACCCCUCCAGCAGCUAGUAAUCCAACCCUUGAAAAUUAUUAGAAACUGCUAUUUGCAGUAUAAUGAUACUAGUCUAAUUAGGAAUGAUCACUGGGGAAAUAAGGUUGAGUGGCCAGUCAGUAAAUUGGACUCCAAUUUUCUCACACACUAUUUCAACUGGAUA